AUGAGCGAGGAGCACAUUGGUCUAUUCAUCGAAACUCUCUUUAAUUCUCGUGGUUUCGUGAUUUUAGUACUAUUCUUUCUGAUCAUCGUCGUUUUUCCCAACUCGUUGUGGAUGAGCAUGUUGCCAAAGUGCUCUUUCGAAUCACCGAAUCAAGUUAAAAACCGUUUUCAGGGUUUGCCGUUUGUUUAAAUUGAAUCGGAACUCGACAGAUAAGCAGUCGGGAGAACGGAAUCCGAGUAAGAACACGGCGUUUAGGUUAUUUAUCAAAUUCCUGUUUAUCGAAAACUAAAACUAGUUCUUUUUCCAGGAAAUAUUCAAAUACACUACCUACUGUGCUCGAGGCGGAUAGACAAGGCAUGUCUUGUAAGUUCCACUUGUCCUUUUGAUCUGGAAAGUUGAGCGUAUUGCAGAUCGAAAUGUACUGUCUGAACUGGAUCAUGCCCAAAUCUCGAGGUACAUGGACGACUCCGAAGGGGAUCCUCUCUUGCGACGGAGCGAAUCAAGGCCUGCUCCUCAUUGGCUCGAUGGUCCGAGAGAUAGCUCCGUUCUGCCCGACAUCAUCGACUCAACAUACAGUGAUUAUAACGAGGAAGCGUGAGUUUUCGUUCUCAUGAAGCGAAUAGAAUAACGGCUGCUUUGUAGCGACUAUGCGAUGAAGCAGAUGCUGGCCAUUUUGGAGACGUUGAAUCCAGUAGAAGAUUUCGUGGAUCUGUUCGACAAAUCGCUCAAAGCCAUCGAGUUUCGAUUACCGUUCACUAUCAUUAAGAAUGAGGAAGGAAAGGCUGAUUGGAAGGCGAUGCGGCACAAAUUAGUCAGCGAUAUCGUUCCGUUGAGCCCCGGAGAAGACGAAGGACGGGGACUGAGUCCUGCGCAGAUGUCGGCCGUCUUCGAUGCUCUACCGUUUCUUUUCGACACGGUCGCCUGCCAUGAUCAGCUGAAGCAGUUCCAGGACCCCCUCUCGAUGCUCGUCAUGAUUGCAAUGUCCGGAAAUUCCAUGGUGAGUGUUAAUAUUCAGAAUCUGGAAGACAGGGGAGCCCUGAAGUUUUUGACGACGGUAGAGCAAUAGUGUGUUUCAAGUUCUGUGCGGCUCACGAAAAUAGUAAUCUGGCACGCAUUGGCGCUGAGAAUAAAUCAGGCGAUAAUCAUUCGGUGGCUUUCCUAUCGCUGGGUGAAGUUUCGCUGAAACCCCAUUGCUGGCCUCAAUUCAACCGCCUUCUCUUGUUUCCUUCCCCGCAUGUCCGCCUGUUGUCAUAGCAAAAAAGCGCAAUUUCACUACCCCGUGUUGCUUGGAGGGGAGGCUCGUUUACUCGGUAAGUUGCAGCUGCAAGCGCAACAAAAAGGCGAUAGGAACUUUGGUCGGGAAAGAAACAGCUUCGCCCGCUUAUCGCCUGUUCCGCCUCACUUUCGAGGCACAUAGCGAUUUAAAACGGCAGAGAUGAAAAAAACAAGAUCAGAAAUCAGGAGAGAGAGAGGGUGAGAGCGACAACGAAGACACAUUUGAUCGAUUGGAAUUGAAGGCUAGAACGGAGAGGGAACGUGGGAAGAGGCAAUCAGGAAGUCUGUCGCCAAUUGGUCCCUGAUAGAACGAUGAUUUCUCAAGUGGCCCGGACGAAUCUGUAGUUUUGAAGUCGUAGAGUAAUAAAUGAACGAGCAGUUUUCAAAUCAAACUGCAAGAAUAUCGAGUUUCUUCCGUACCCUAUUGUUUACUAAACCGCUUCAAGCUGACUUCUAGUCCCACCGUGUGCUUGCGAUUUCUGUAAUCCGAUGGGUGCGUGUGUGCUAUGUCUCAUUAGCAAGUCGAGCUUAUACAUUUUUAGAGCAACACUUCCCUCAGUUGGAAGUAUGUUUGUUACUCUCUUCUCUUCCGCACGACUUAUCGUGGGCGGUGGCGCUGUGCAGCGCUAACAAGAAAUAGAAGAGAUGAAAAAGAAGACGUGGGGUGCAGCUCCCGUCCUGUGAGUGCUCUGUGAGUGCACCGUGAGCGAGUCGUGAGUGUUCAGCCAGAUCGAGCGCCCUUUCUGAAUAGCAUAGGUGAUGUUCUCUGCGCCUCCGGCUCCCGUUUAGCUCCCUCACCAGUCGUAGUAUCUGUGGCGAACUAUACGAAACACUGCAUUCGGGAAGAUGAAAUGUGGAUAUUUUUGGCACUGCUCAGCAACUGACUCCUCCCACAAUUGGCUCCGUUAAUAAAUGUACAUUGGUUACACUGAGGAGACGUUGAAACUAGUUCAGUGUAUAUUAUGACAGAACAUUGCGAAUCUUUAAAAACGGAAAUGGGAAAGAACGUUGAACGGCCUUGCCGCUCACAUAAUCGUUUUUUUUCUGAAUUGGGCAAGCGUUCUGAAGGUCGUCUCGGGUUUACAAGGAUUUUCAAACCCAUGCAUAUGUGUCUGUAAAAAUUGAAAGUAAUGCAGCUCGCAGCGUCGACUGGAUAACUGGAGUAUAUCUGGAAUGUAUUCGACGAACUGUCACUUAAACUUCCUGCAAGAUUGAGCCUCUACAACUGGGCCUUUCUUUCCGAUUAGGCCACUUUGUACAUGUGAUUCAGACGAAUGGCAAGGUCAAUUCGGAAAGUUGGCGAUGUCUACGCCUCACUGAAACGGCGCAAGCAAACUGGUUCCAAAUUUUCGAAGUCAGGUCACUUUGUUGGGAUUUAAUUCAUUGUCGUCAGGUCGACAGUGGAACCCUUGAAAACCCUUCUCGUCGACGGAAAAAGCCCCUUGUCGUUGGUGUCUGGUUUAUCUAUAUCAGCUGUCUACGUACCACUCCUACCCUGUCGUCUUCCUGUUCCUGAGCCUGGUUUCUGUGAGAGGGUGAUCGCGCUGUGGUUUCCCCGUCUGCGUCUCUCCAUUGUGUGUUACCGUGAUCGCGCGGGGGCGCCAUGGAACGCGAGGCGAGGAGCGAUGAUAUCGGUUUGGUUGGCAGACCGAUUGCGCAAUGUGUGAGUGAGCGAGUGAGAGUGUUUGGUGUGUGCUCGUGUACAAGAAAGACGGACGGAAUGUGCUGGAGGAUGGAUAAAAGUGCAAGUCGGAGGAGGAGACUAUGCUUGUUUGCAACUGUUUCGCGAGCAGAAAGAAACGGAUCUUCAAUGUGAUUCUACGGAAAUUGGAUACUGAAAUGAAAGUCGGGAAGAACAGUUGACACAAUCUUGAACUUCUAGCGAUUCCUUAGCGAAGAUGAAUGAAACGUAAAGCGAAGAUGAUUUUUCUCUCUUUCCUGUAUAAGUCGUUCAUAGUUUGUCCACGGAUACAUCUGGCGUCCUUCCUCUGUUUUUUCCUCGCAAAAAGCCAUUCGACCUCGCGCCCCUCCACCUGUGAUGGCGGCCGUCCGCUCGGCCUUUCGAUGUGUACUGUUUGGUAGACCGGCAUAGAGAGUGUGUGCAGAGCCAAGAGGAACUGACCCCAAAACUGCGGGCGGCGAUCGUUAUGCCAAGGUUACGGGCGCCGCAAUGCCACAUACACACAUAGACGCUUCGCCUCCUCUGUUACUCUCUGUGUCUCCCACACACACGCACGUCGGCACAAUAAACAUCGCGGUCGGGAGAAGAAAGACGACGAAUAAGUGGAAGAUGAUGGGGUCGGGCAUGGGAAGAAGUGAAAAAAAAUGGAAGGAAGGCGCUAAACAAGAUCGAGAAUCGAUCAACGACCGAGACGUCGGUAGGAAGGUUUUCGGCAUUAGAAAAGAAAUCGGGAACUGAUUGGUAUCGGUUGGAGAAACUAGUUACCCGGGAAACGAAACAUUGAACACAGGGGUCAGACGGGACGAAGAAUUUCAAAAAUGGAAUAUUUCAGAUACGGAGGCAAUGCAUCUCUGCCAUAACGGUUCUGAUGGAACGAGCUCUUCUGAGUCAGGAAUUCAUGCGCGAAGGUGUCGUCCCUGGACUCUUCUUCAUCUACCAGUCAGGUGUUGGGACGUUUCAAUCCAACGAUCUUCGAAUGGAGUGCGUCCAGGUCGGCUCAUUUUUAUUUUCCUCUAAGACACAUUGAAAUCGAGAAGCUCAGCAAGAGAAACUUGAUUCUGCAAUUGUUGUUCUGCUCCUUUUUCUUCCCCUUCCGAUUUACUUAUGCUAUGUUGUUAUUCUGUUGCCCUCAAUGUCUUCUACUAUGUCUUCUACUUUUGUUUCCUCUCUUCGCCUGCAUCUACCCGGUGAUAUCAUCGUUUUCGUAGCCAUGACGUGUUACCCGACACACUCUUGAUAAUUUUUUUUUAAUUUUCUGUUCGUCGGAAAAUUGAAUCGAUGACAAAUGACAGGCGGAAGAGAGGGGAAAGACGGGAACAAUUGUAGAACAAGCAAAAGAGAACGUUGAACGCAUACUGAGAAAUACGUUUUAUGGAAAUUGAACUAUAAGUAGGACUAGAAUGAAGUUGAUGGUCAGUUGGUGUAUGAAGAGUGGCCUGUCGCACGCUGGGAGGCUCCCUGGCUUGCCGACACUCCACAACCUCAGGGUUGAAAUUCCUUCCCUGCGAUAGUUGAACAAAGCCCCAGCUGGUCCUUUCGACUCAUUCUUCCAGGCUCUAGUUACAAGUUUUGACUCAUCUAACCCGAAGUUUCCUCUCGCUUGGUAUUAUCUGAUUUUGGAAUCUACCACAUUCAUCCCCAUUGGUUCUCAAGUUCACCUUGAAUCCGUUGCCUCUUCUCACCACGACCGACUGACGUUUUUGCGUUUUCUUUCUUUUUUUCUUCUUCACCAGUUUCUGCCCGGUUUCGAAAAUGCAGCAGCAGCAAAAACGGCGCUCGGUCGCUCACGCGCUCAUCGCGCCGCUCACCACUGCCUACAGAAGUAGAAGGAGACGGUGGACUCUCUUCCAUCCGCCCACUAUUUCGCCUCUUCCUCGGUUUUUUGUUCACUUCUGUGAGUGUUGUGUUUCGACGUCUCGCCGAGCUGCGCCCCUCGCAGUCAUCGACGUGUGAGCGAUAUUGGGCUGCUCGCACGGCACACGAAACAGCAUGGAGCAGACGGUGAGACGACGGAGCGCGCAAAAAAUGGCACGUCGACGUCUCGCGCCAAGACACGCUCUCUUGUCAGCGCCCUCGACCCGUCGCUCUCCUUCGCACACACACAUACACAAACAUGUAUACAAAAUUGAAAAGAAAGAGAGAGUAUAACGAAAAAUUGGCUAUGUGCGCGCAGGCGCGGCCCCGUGCUCUCGCCGCCUCGCCACUCUCCGGGUGCCCUUUAGUGUCUCUUCCGCUCACUGGUACACGUGGCCGUUUCGCUCACCGAAAGUAGGCGGUGCCGAAGGGUCGUCGUUGUCGACGGGCGCGGCGUCAGUGGUGGCGUCGGCGCCGAUGAUGCCGUCUUACCGUCAGCGUCUCGCGCUCUCUAACACGGGCACGGCUCCGCCUCUUUUAGUAUGUUGUUGGCUGCUGAGGGCCGCUGUUGGCCUGUGUGGCUGGUGCUGGUGUUGUGCGCCUUACUCGCUCUCUCCGACGAAAGGAGAGCGGCUGGCAUUCUGACAUCGUGCGCCAGCACUCGCUCCUUCAAGUCGUUUCUCCUCAUUCCUUUCGGUGUCGCUUGGAUGUCCUCGGACGGUAAGCAAGGAAAGAAAGAAGUUGGUGGAGUAACAUAAAUGAGCGGAAUCCGGUGACCGCGUGUUCCUCUGAAAGCCUAAAACCGUACCGAUCUAAUGCUCUAGUCGUUAUUCCGAUAGGGCGUCUAGAAGCAGAGAUAUAUCGGCUUCAAGUUGCGUCGUCAUUGCAUCUUGUUGUUUGUAUGUUGCUGUGGUGGGCCGCUCUGCUCCCAGGCCCCAUCGUGGCGCUCACUGCUGCUGUGCCCUCGGCGGGCAGCACGCUCAUUCGUCACGCUCUUUCUCUCGAUCUCCUGCUCGCACGCCGAAAUCGAGAAUGUGUUUUUUAUGCCGUUGCGUCUCGAAGAGAAGAGCAGAGAAGGCGGCGCGCGAAAGGUUAGCUUCGAAAUUGGAGAGUUUGCAGUCUCACAGCAUACUCUCUUGCUCUCUACACUCCGAUAAGUUUUUUGUCGGGUGACUGAUAAGUCGAAGUUGAGUGAUAAGAAGAGACUUUCCGCAUUGGCAUCUUCAUAGGUUAGUCGAGUCUCUGCCUUCCGCAGUCGUAGCCUAAGAUUCCAUCGCACAGUCUGCCCGACGAUGAAAGACAUGGGUAGUGAGACGUCGGAGCCUCGUCGUAUCACUAUUCUGUUUUUCGCCGUUUGGAUUGUGACAAAAUUGUGUGAGAGUAGGUAGGCAGGGCUCAACUUCAUCCGGUCACCCCCUACGUGAUUGAAAGCGCCCUUCCACGGGACAGAAAUGUGACCGAUCAAGUGGACGCGUUGUCAGGGAAACGGGAGCACGCCACAACAACAACGCAUCCCUGAAUUAAAAGACACGUCAGCGAAUCAGGCGGCUACAGUAUACCCACGAGCGUGCUGAAAACAUCAAUCAUGUUGUUGUUUUGUUCCUGAAUUCGAGUGCGCGAGUGUCGAACGCGAACACCAUCUGUCUUUUUUGAGAUGGAGAGCUGACGAAACAGGAAGGGGCGCUCCGUCUCCAUCAGAUUGCAGCCAUAUGCCGUCGCCUCCCAAUUUGAAAAAAAUAGAAGGGAAAAGGAAGAGUAGUUGAGUCGUCAAUCUGACGGUUUAUGGGGGACCCAAUCGCACCUCUCUUCUUCUUCUUCUCUCUCUCUCUCUCUCUCUGUUUCUCUCUCUCCGUCCCCGCUUUUUGUGUGCUUGUGAGUGCGUUCAUUUGGCGUCAGAGCCAGCAAAAGAGAGGAGAUGAAUCACUCGAUGCGACUCGGGCGAGCUAUAAACGGGCCUCUUCGCAUUUCCCCCUUCCUCUUCUUCUUCUUUCCAUCUUCGUUUGCUUAUUGUGUCGGUUGGAGGAAGAAGCAGAUUGUAUGGGGUGAGGUGAAGAUGGAAUAUUGAUGAGAGAGAAAAGCACUAUGUUUGGAUUAGAAACGCGCGGAGCACAUGAUGUCCGGGGAGCCAAGGUGGAAACGUAUGCCGUUUUUUAAUCCUCUGUCGGAGAAGAACGAAAACGAAACGACUAAUCGAGAAAAUCCCAUGUUUAGUUCCAUGAUAAGAGCGAGCGGGGAAAAUUGGGGACAUACUUUCCAGUAAGUGUGCUCAGCUUUUUCAACCCGCAUCCUGUCAAUUUUGCCAACGCUCGUUUUCUCGGAGGAAGGAAUGCCCGUCUUUCCUGCUACAGUACCACCUGGUCGCGGAUAUCUUCAAUUUGGUCAUCUUUUAUUUAUCAGCCGAAUGGAGAAAUACGUAGAGAAACACGCAACACAAUCAAAAAGUGUGACAACGCCCCCGGCAAAAGUGCACAGGACGACAGGCAAAAUGGGCAAUUGGCUGUGUCUGUCUGGGCGCAACUCUAUUUCGCCUUUGCGAGUCUGCCGACGACGCGCCUACUCUCGCUCUUCGACAGUACACAAAAGUAACGAAAAUGAGACAAAGGAAGGAGAAGAAGAAGAAGAAGAAAAAUAAGUGUGAUAGGAAAAGAAGAGACGACGGACGAAUGUGUCUUCAGGCAGAACAAAGGAAAAAGAAGAAACGGUCGAACGAUUGAUCAGAAUUGCAAAUUGAAAAGAUGGAUGGUUGCAAUGUAAAUAGGAAAUAUCGUCACGCAAUUCGAACGAAUCUAAAUUCUGAAACGGAAAUUUACGCGGAAAACAACGAAAACAUGGAGACCUAGGAAAAUUAUCGCGAAACUAAAAUUUACAUUGCUUAAACACAUUUCGAGUUAGUUCUUUUCAGAUUUCAAAAAUCACCGUAACUCACGAGGAUUUAUAUUUGGUUUCUAUGGCCCAGACGCAUUUUUCAAAACAAUAAUUCCACAGACGUCGCAGAAUUCUGAUGACCCACAAACUUCAAUUUCAGUCGAAUUGGGUAUUCAUAAAAUGUUCAUUCCGAUGUUUAGAAUGUCGAGUGUUUCAUAAAUUUGCGUUUCCGAAUUGGACUGGAACUUUAGCACAAGCAAACUUGGGCGCUUGAAAACAGUAGACAUGUUUUGAACAAGUGCAAAGAUAAUUUUAGCGUAAAAUACUUUUAUCGGCACGAUCGUUCAUUAAACUGUGCAGGAUCAUGCUCUAUUUCCAAUGUUUCACAAUUUUGUGCUGUCUAGUGUACCUCGUCCCCUGGCUGAAAAAAUCGGUUUCUAUCCAUUGUUCUUUUCGUAGCCCCCGUCCAUUUCAUCUCAACUGGUGGGUGAUUCGCGUUUAUGGUUUUGCACUUUUGCGACGGCAAGAGAAUACGUCACGCACACAGUUGGUUUUCUUUUUCAAUCAGAACAGAUUGGCAUGGGAUUAAAUGGUCGCUGCUUGGGUGGUUUAUUGCCUUUUAGAGGAAAGCAAAGUUGAGGUUCUUUACGGAAUAGGUGUCUCUAUUGGGAUCAAGAACACAGGCGAUCAGUAAGCUUCACAUUUGUGAAUUUGUUUCUUGUUAAGAUAGGGCAGUGCAAAUUUAUAUCACAGUUUUAGGGGAAACAAAUUGAAGUGUCAAAUCACUUUUGUAUGUGCGAUACAAAAGUGAUUUCAGCUAUGCAAAUUGAUAUAAGGAUGUUGCCUUUCAAUCUAGAAAAUCACGGUUUACGCUUUUUUCGUAUUUGUAUUUCCCUGUAAGCUUUUGGAAUCGGAUUCUUAGUUAUUUUAAUCUGGAAUAAUUUUUUGUUUAUACUUGGUUAUUCUCUGCUCCAAAAGUGUUUAGUUUUGAACUAUUGGUGCUGUGAAUAUAAAAUUGUUCGGAGACAACUUUAUUGGUCAUAGUGUAUGUCGUUCCGUUGGUGGUUCCAGACAGCUCAUCAGAAAUUCUGCGAGCUCGCCCACUGUCUGGGACUACCCAUACCUUUCUGUUCGUCAGUUUUCCCUCCGAUUCCCUACCAUUCGUAUCUUAUCGAUCCUUCGAACUUCCCAAUCCCUCCAAGCGCCGGAACAACUGAUAGAAGUCACCUGUCGAGAGUCAUUUCUCCCCUCGACUUGUUAAAACUCAUUCGAAAAGUAUCGAAAUUGUCGAAGAUAUCAUCUCUUUCUCCUCAAUCCCCUCCCCCCCCUUUCCAUCCUUCCUAUCCGUUUCUUCUCGUUUGCCGCUUCUACUCGCCCUCAGAUCAUCUCUCGUCUCGCCUGCACUAUCUUCCGACUUCUCACAUUUCAACGCGUAAAAAGUGGUUGUAAAGGUGGUGAGCGUCCUUUCGAUCUCCACUGAGACAAAACGUCUCCCGGGGCGCCUGUCGUUCUUUCCGACCUCGAAAAUUUUGAAAAUUUCCGUUUCUACCGAAGCAGAAGUGCGACCAACACGCGACGCGCGCUUUUGGAGACGAAAGCGAUUGUUUGCUGUGAUUAGAGAAUAGGGGCAACAGGUGCAGAAGCAAAGAAAAAUGACAGAAGAAUAUUCAUUUGGGUGGCUUGACGGACCGGAAAGAGCAGGUGACAGACGGCAAUCAUCGACAUUUGUUGGUACCCCGUCAAGUGAAGAACGACAUGUCCACAAAGAGCUGUCUUUCUCUUCGACGUCCCUUUUGAUGGCCUGUUCAGUACUCCCACGAGAUUAUUUCACCGGAACUUUUGCUUCCUAUUUUGAUUUUGAUCGGACUUGCCAGUCAUCUGCUGCUACUCUCAUUUCUUGGUUAGCUCAAAGAGAGUUUACUGCGUUCGAUUCUAAAGUACGGGUGGUAUCUGUUAGAAAGAGUGCACAAUCGACGAGACGCGAAAGACGGCAUCUGGCGAGUCAGCGGACGAGUGCCGCCAGAUGGUGUGAUGAUGGUAACAAGGACGAUUGUGAAGAGAAGGAGGGCAACACAUGGCGCGAGGACAAAGGACGGCUGCCGUCCGGACAGCUGUCGUCGCUGCACACGAUUCUGUUCGAAAGAGAGGAUACGAGUGAGCAAAGCGGAAUAGAGCCGUCGAUUGGAUGGAUAGUGUUUGGCUGCGAAGUGAUAAGGAUGCGCGAUGGGAAGAGGCCGGAACACGCACUUGGCUGCCUGUGACGGGCGAUUUCUCGAGUGCCGCCUAUCGGUAGCCGAGCCGGUUAGCGCACACUCAUUGCAUAGGAAGUUCAUCUUUUUGAUCUCGAAAUUGUAACCCGAGAGUUUGUCUUUCCAGGAAUUCUUUGAAACAUGCUCUCUAAUGACCUCAUUAUGUCGAACACGUCGAGACAACUCUUCUCCUAGUUUAGUUGUUGGCUCCUCACUAUCCCCCUCCUCGUCGGCCCCACGGAUACAUUGAGAGCAAAGGCAGGCAAUAGAGAGCCCGCGCGUUUUAUGGACCUUUCCCUCUGGCAGGCCCUCCUGCUCCUUUCCAUCACUUUAGCGGUUGUGGCGACGAUGAACUGAUGACUACAACGGCCUGUGUUGAAAUUCCGACUUGUCUUGGUGUAACGACCCCUUGUUUUUCAUCAGGAACAGAAUGGGCCUGGAGGAGACGAAUUGUAAAGCCCUCGCUGACCGAUAAACAAGAGUAAAUAGUGCCAAUGACGUGGCAAGACGACGCCAAUUUGUUAGAAACUUCUAUGAAUUCGACACUUGAGAAUUGAGCUAAUCAGGCUACUCUUUAGUCAACCGUCCCUCGAAUAUUUGCCAUCCUAGAAUUGCUCACAUCUUCUUUCUCUUUGGGUAUCUCAUGCAUAUUUGAGGCUCUUCUUGCGUGUGCUACUCUCCGAAGGGCCCUCGACGCGGUCCUUCGCUUCUGGCCCAUUGCUGUUUAGGGUCCGGAAGGGAAAGAGAAGAGACACAGAUGAAAUCGCGUGCGUGUGCUUCUUUCAUCAUUCUUCGCCGGGUUUUCUCAAGAUUUGCUGCUUCUUUUCCCUUCGUCGUCUUGCCCAUCUUCCCUUCCCCGGUGAAUUCUCGUCCUGCUCCCCUUUUUUUUCUAGUUCAGUCCCCCACUUGGAUUAGGAUCGCCCCUUCGGAUGUCUGCUCUCUCCUCUCCGAAUGUGCUCUGGAAGUGGGCGGGUAUCCGGAGCAGAGACAGUGUACGACACUUGGAGACGAGGCAAGGAGGCGGAGGAGGAGGAAGCAACUGAGACUCCGCCCACCCGAUGGGGUGUUGUGAGUGCGCGUGUUUGUGUGUCUAGAUGUGUGCCGAGUGCUGCUGCCGACUGCCGCCCCGUCUCCUCGUCUCGUUGGGCCCCUCUCAUUCGAGCCCCCGUCCAACUUGUAUUCCUGCGGCCCCUUUUCCACUAGUCGUAGUCGUCGGAGGUUGUGGAGUGACAGCACUGCGGUCCUGGAGGCGGAGGGAGGCACGGGCGGUCACAUGUGCCUGCGGCUCUUCCCCUCGGCGACUCAUUCAGUCGGUCCCUCCGUCUUUUGCUCUAAAAGACGUCCUACUUCUUCCCUCCUAUUCCCUGUCUAUGCAAUUUACCAAAUAAUGAUCGUGAAGCUCGUCAAAGAAGCGCGUGAAAUGUUGACAUUGAAUGACACAUAUCACAGCCAGCUUUGAUGUGCUGAACGUAUCACUAUCACUUUGAGCGCAAACGGUAAUGGUAACGAGUAAAGGGUUGGGUCGAUGGAGUCAGUGUGUCGCUCGAUAAAUUUCCGAUUUGUCAAUGUUUUCUAAUUGAAUAAAGAGAUUAAUCUGUCCUUUUUCCGAGUAGGCCACCUCGGAGUGUGCCAGUUUGCUAUAAACUGCAGUGUGUAGAAAAGAAAUGCGAAAGAAGGAAGCCAUAACAUUGUCGAAUUGUUGAGCUUUUCGGUUUCGUCACUCUUGAUGAAGUGACGUGGUUCUACAAGUGUAACAGUUGUUUCAGGCACUCUGUCAAGUGAUCUCAUUCGACACGAUACACGAUCGGCGAUGGCUUUUCGAGAACUUCCUUCCAAGUUUCUCACAGAUGCUCAAGGAUCCGACGAUGCACGUCCGGAAGGUAGAGUGACUGAUGUUGGAACGAUGGGAAGGAGAUGUGACAUGGGGGCUAAUCGAAGGGGAAAUGGUUUAAUCGAAUCAAAGAUGCACACAAAUUAGAGUGGUUUUGAUGAAUCAUUACCGGAAAGCAGAGGCUUUCAAAACAUGAAAACGAACCUAGUGCCUCGUGGAAUGGGAAACAUGAACGUUCCGAAAACGACAUCAACCUAAUUGUAAACUUUCAGAGCGCCUUGCACAUCUUUGGCAAUCUAGGAAAUCUGUUCGGACAGAAGUUCACAGAAGUGGUAGGAUAAUCGCGGUGUGAUCCGCUUGCACCCUUCUACUACUUUUUCAGUUUCUCGUUCCUCAUCUGAUAACACUAUCGUGCGAUAUGACCUGGGCAGUGCGAAAAGUAGCUUGUGAGGUAAUGAAACUGAGAAAACUGUCAAUCAAAUUAGGAGACGCUUCUUCAGAUAUUCGUGAAAGUAGCCGAAUGUGCUUCAAAUGAAGUGCGCGUCGAUAUUCUGUCUCCGAACUUUGUUCGCCUUCUGAAUGAUCCGAACAAAUGGGUAUCAUUCAUCGCUUAUCAGCAGCUCGGACCGUUCAUUUCUCUCUUUGCUGACCCGAAUAUCACGGGAAUUGAGUUAAAAGAUGGACAGAUAAUUUUGCGAGAAGUCACCGCUCCGGCCGACGUUUCCAGCUCUUUCAACACGACUGUGUCGGACGGUGGUUCCCACGAGUUUGGAGAUCUACCGCAGGACACGUGGCUUCCUGAAAUUGAUCCGAACGAUGACUUCGAGUACAGAUUGACACUGAACGAACACGUGGCACCGAGGCCGGCGACCGAGUCUGUCUCGGCAGCUGUGAAAACUCCGAAGCGAGGAGAACGAGUUAUGGAUAGGUUCUCGCAUAAUUUCAUGCCAAAUUCAGCUUUCUCUUUUUUUCAGUGUUCUUUCUGGGAUAAACAAAAUGUUCAGUCCGUUUGAUCGCAGCUCUCCGAAGUCCAAUGCUCCGAAGGAAAUUGAGAAAGUUUCAUCGACCUUCUCCAGCCCGGGAAAACGCACGCUUUCCUUGCACAGCGCAGUCAGUCUGAUGGACAAGUGGAGCAAGAGAAGCAAUCCUAACAAUCCUCAGUAAGUUGAUCAAGUCGUCAGCUGCAAUCUGAUACCAUCGUUUCGCAUUCAGGCGGUUCCCGAUAUUUGAUUCUUCCGCCGACGCGUCCACUGAUUCUAAGCAAGCCGGUUCAGAGGUAAACGGAGGAACGGGUAUCGCUGCGAAGUGCAGCUCCACCGACGAUCUGACCAAAUUGGGACUUGACGACGACGGUCAGUUUCAUUCGUUCUGCAAAUCGGCUCCUAAUAGUGGCUGUAGUUUUCCGUUUGGUGGUGGUCUUGUCGUGUUCCACACUACUUCAUCCCGUCUCACCCAGUCCGCUCUUCUCAAUCUUUAUUUUCCUCUCUCGUACCGUAACCCGCUUCAUUUAGCAUCUUCCGUUGCAUCGCCGCAGAAACAUGCGGAGCAGUCGCCAGAGAAACGAACAUCUAGUCCGCGCGGGAGGCGAAUUGCGACGAACGCGUGGUCGAAGCUCGACAUUCGGCAAAAGCUCUUCCUUCGAAGGCUCGGCGCGCUGCCACCGUCGGGUUCCAAGCGCUCGCCGAAAUUGUCGCCAAAGCUAUCGCCAAGCCGCUCGCCAAUCCGCAACUCGCGGAAGAAGAAAGGGCUUGUAUUCGAUUUCGCAGCUCCAACCGAAAUACGAUCGAUGGGACUGAUGACACCGCCGAUGUUCGUUGAAGACGACAACAAACUGAACACUGUGGACCGCGAGCUAUGUAUGUAGUGAUGAGUGAUGAAAUAUAUCGACUGUGCACCGUUCGAUCAUUGUUUGUUUAAAAUUACUUCCCUCUCGCAUACUCCGCUCAAUAUUUUAUUUUCGCACUUUUGAUUGUCCCAGACAUCGUCCUUGUUCACCAUCUUUUGUUCUGUUUUGUUGCUCACAUCUGACUGAUCGUGGCCGUUCGAAUCUCUAAUUUGGAAAUGUUGAAAUUGCAGACAUGGAAAAUCAGACUCCGAAGUUCAACGACGAUGAGAACGAAGCUUUAGACAGCGACGAGGAGGACGGACUGGACAAGUCCUUCGUGGCUGACGAAGAAGAAGACGAAGAGGACACUCCCCUGUCCAUGGAAAUCAAAUCUUCAGUGUCCGAGUCUGUCUCGGUUUCCGCAUCAAUACAAAAUAUCAGCCAGGAGCCGGUCUCCAAUGAGUUCUCCCUGACUUACUGGUCCUCCAACUACGCCAUUGCGUAUGUUAUUCUCUUGCCGAUUCUAUGCAUUUCUUAAUGUCUUUGCAGUUCUAUCGACGAUGAACUGAAGCCCUUCGGCUCUUCUUCUUCUCUCACAAACUCGCCAACUUCCAAUAAUUACCUGGAGAGCCGUUUCGACGUCAUGAAGCCAGCGAGCACUUCGCCAAGAGCCAGAUCGUCGUCGUUCGUAUCCAAUGGAUCGCCAGUUACCGCAUCGCCAAGAAAGUUUAAUUCUGCCCGACUUGAUUAAAUUCAAUUGAUACCAGUUCCAGAAAGGCCAAUAGUUCUUCCGAAUCGUCGCCUACAAGCUCUUCUGUCGACUCGUCGAAAAGCAGUGAUUCGGUGGCGAUGAUCAACACAGAAGAGAGAGAGAAACUUGGUAUUUUGGACAUUGAGGAGAUGAACAUGUCAAUUUCUUCGAACUCGUCGAUCCACGGAGAAGCCGCCAUGACCGAAGAGUCGGAUAUCAGCCUGACCUCGAUCGAGCACGAGGUGUUUCGUCAUGUUCCCGUCGACCUCGUCGAGUCUUACAUGAAAGUGAUGGGUCCGAUAAGCCACAACGGUGGGGCGGUUGCCACCGGGGAUGCCUCGUUGUGUGCAGAAAUCUACCGUCACUGCGCUCACAACUUCCCCGCAGUAUGCUACACUCUCGGAAGAGCCGCAUGGCCACGCCUGAAACUGGUCUUCCGAAAGUUGGCUCUCGACGAGCAAGCCAGAGUUCGUCAGUCGAUAUCCUAUUCAAUUCACGAAAUCGCCACCAUGCUCGGCACUGAAAUAACCGACGAAGAUCUGCUGCCUGUCUUCUACGACCUCAGGUAAUUAUCCCGUUACUCGACGUCUUCAGUUUGUUCCACCAUUAUUACAGAAACGACCAGAAUGCAGACGUGCGAAACGGCAUUUUGCUACAUUUGUUUGAUUUCGUAAAGGUAAUAGAACCAGUUGAAAACACAUGAAUUGAUGGAGAAAUUGUAGUGUCUGUCGUUGGAGAAGCGGGAAGAGAUCAUCUUCUCGUUGCCGCAAUUCUUCCCGAUCGGGGCCCAGCCCGGAAAUCAGGCACAGAACGGAGAUUGGCGUUCUCGUUUCGAACUGAUAUCGUUAGUUCCUCGAACAGCACGCUUUACAGCUGAAUAUAUACAUUUCAGGCAGCUUUCAAAGCUUUGCUCUUUGUACAACAUCCAGGAUAUCAACCUUCACAUUUCCGGAAUCGCACUCACUUUGGCCGAUGACCGAGUUGCAGAGGUCCGCCGCGAGGCAGUCAUUCUCGUCUCGACGAUCGUCGGCGCUCUAGUUUCGGUCGAAUGGGCACAGAUCAAAGAGAGCCGUGACAUCGAGAAGGGGCAUUUGGAUGCAAAGAGCAAAAAAGAGAAAGCGGAAAGCUUCCUCUCGGAGCAGUUCGUCGAUGACAUCGUCUCCAGCUUCGCCAAGACUCAGAAGUGGACUCGCAGACAGACGUAAGCCAAGUGAUCCUAAUUGGUUGACAGUUCUCCAUUUCAGGUUCUGUUUCAUUUCUGCUCAAAUUCUUCGUGACAAGCAAUGCGAUGGAGUUCAAUUCCGUUACUUUUUCGCCACUCCUCUUCAGCAACUAGUUCAAGACAGUAAGAAAGACGGAGCAAUCAGAAAGUUCACUCUUUUCUUUUUUCAGAAGUUCCAAAUGUUAGAAUAGCUUCUUGCGAGGCAUUGGACACGUGGAAGAACAUUUUGCUUUCUGAAAGCACUGACAAGAAGCCUUCUGAUCCUUCAAAUGUCCACCGUGACAUCGAUCUUCUCGCCAGCAUGAUGUCCACGUUGUCCAAAGACUUGGAUAUUGAUGCUGCAUACUUUGCCAAAAAAUGUCAAGGGUUGGCGAACGAUUCUCAACCAGUCGACCUGAAAAGCCGCACGCAAAGGAUGAGAGAACGCGAACAGUCAUUCUUUGGGGAUGUGAUUCUGACGGAUACGACUGGAAGUAUUGUUCGUGUCGUCGACAAGGAAGUCAAACAAGUCGUUAGUUUUAUAGUCGAUUGCUUCAGUGAUACCGAUGGAAUUCAGAUCAAACGAGGUAUAGCGGAUGAGAUGAAAGACAUUGAAGAAUUAAUUGCAAAAGAGGCACCGAUUCAGAAAAUGGAAGAGUUCGAGGAUGAGCCUAUGGUUGAGAAAUUCAACUGCUCCUUACACAUGAUCGAAAACUAUUACAGAAUCAGUCGGAAGAGGAAGAUAUCGCCAAACCCCCAGAGAUGCUUGCUGUCGCCGUGCGCGUGGAAGAAGGUGAAGACAACACGGAUGUGGUCGAUAUGGAGAUCGAUGAAGUCGAGGAGGCAGCUCCCACGAUCUCAGUCGUCGUCCCCAGUACUGGUGAAGAAGAGGCCGACAUACCGAUGGAUCCGACGCCAUCCACGCCAGAGGCAAGUUUCAUUGCACCGUUCUAAUUUAUUCCUAUCAGAUUUGAUUCCAGAAGCCAUCCGAAUCGGAAGAGACGUCAACAGAGUGUACGGAUGCGUAA